AAAAAAACAAAAAAUAGGAACUGUGAUGUGAGAAGUGAUGAUGUGAGCGUUUGAGCUGCGCUUCUCAAAGAAACUUCUGCUAUCUGAACAGACAAACCUGCAGAAGCUCUUCAUCUGGACUUCACUUUACUCUCCAGCUGACAGCGUCUCGUGGAGAUGCGCUACACGUUUAAGCCGGAUGACUGUAUGGUCAUCAGCAUUCCUCUGGGAAGCAUCAGGAACACGAGAGAUGGCCAGCUGAUGCCCGAGAAGUUCACCUGCGUCUUUAAAGAUGCUUACAAGGUUUUUCUUAAAGGACGACCAAAGGAACUCGGGGCGGCUCAGCUCAGCAUCGGAGUGUUCGUCAUCUGCAUCGGCAGCCUCAUUAGUCUUGAAUAUGGUUCACAUCAUCUGAUGUACACCCUACCUAGUGCCCUGUUCAUUGCAAGUGGCAUUCUGACAUUUGCGGCUGGAAAUUCUCCAUUCAUGCCUGUGGUAAAGCUGUCCUUCAUAUUCAACAUCAUCAGCCUGUUCUGGUCCAUCACAGCUAUAGUUCUCUGUCCAAUAUUAUAUGAAGAAUCUUCGUAUAGUAGUUCGAAUUACAGCCCAGCAGUACAAGAUAUCAAUACAGGGUACGUAAACAUGCGUUUGGACACACUUCUGUACUGUUUUCUCCAGAGAAAGAUGUUUGUAGGACUGAAGGUGGUGAUCGGUGUGUUGUGUGGGUUCGAGUUGAUUCUGGCUCUGGUUCUGAUCUACUGGGAGAGUAAAGCCGUGUGCAGAGCACAUUUUAAUACUCUGCCCUUGAUCACCAUCAAGCAAGAUACUUGAUUCGCCGGGUGAGAUUGAGGACAAAUUACCCAUUUGUGAAUUGAACUUUAAUUACGUCUUAAUGUGUAUAAAAAUGCUUGUGUAAUUUCUUGUUUCUGCGGCUCAGCCGAUGCUGCAAUGUCAGGGUCAUGGAAUUUUUAGCAUGAAUGCACUGUAAAGCGCUGGAUAAACAUGUUUGCUGAAUGCAUAAAUGUAAAUGUGCCACAAUAAGCUUGUGUAAUUUUCAAUGCAUUUGUUCACUAUUAAAGUACUGAGUACUGAG